UUGGGACACUGUAACGGUCAUAAAUAUAAACCAAUGCCAAGCGUCUGAAUUUUGAUCCCCUGAUCAUGGGUAUGCUGCAAAAGUCGUAACUGUGAAAGCGGUCAUUAAACCAACUGUUUUAAGUUGAGUACACCUUGCUCCUCCUAUUUUCCCCACAACAAGCCUGUAAAGUGGGUUAGGCUGAGAGAGACUGGUCUGAAAUCACCCAGCCAGCUUUCCUACUUAAGAGGGGACUAGAAGUUAGUCUUCUGGCCCCCAGGUCAGCACCUUAAUGAUUGAAUCAGACUGGUUCUCAUUAAUAUUUUAAUUUAAUAAUUGUAAUAAUGAAUUAUUCUUUUAUUAUACUUUAAAUGGAAACACCCUUUUAACAACAGACCGCUGAAGGUAUUUUUUGUUUAGAUAAUAUCAACGCAAAUAAAACGGAUUUUUGCAUGUUACAACGUGUUUGUAAACUCGGGGUUAAGCAUCUUGCAUGAACGUGGUAUCCAUCACAAGCAGGAUGAUUAACCCUUUCCUGGCAAACCAAAGUCAUUCCCAAUUUCUUUUCAGGAAUACGAGCUGUGGUCAAGAGCUUUUGGCCUCAAUCUUUUUAAAAAGUCGCUAACCUUUCUUCAACCUAGGCAUACCACAAGUCACUCUUAAUCUGCAAAGUGACUAGAAUGAAGGCCUCUAAUCAUAUUAAUUUAAAAAAAAUCUAUUCGCAUAGCCAAUCUGUUCCUUUUCUCCUCAAAUCACGGCAGCCCGUCAUUGGUUUGGUUUUCCUCCACGCACAAAUAGCCCAGAUGUAUCUAAGUUGCUGCUCUCAAGGUGCCUCGUGCCUGGGCAGAAGCACCCGCCUUUUCCAGCCCGACCCGGCUCGUCUGAAAACCUCCGAGGACCUUUCCUCUGAAUAAAUCUAUCAACCGGAGCUUGCGGGUGUCACGUGUCGUCCUUACUGUAGGCAGGAGCGCCCAAGCCAGUAGUGGGAAGCUCUGAUGUCUCUAGUCUCGUUUUAGAUUUGCCCAGUGACGGAAGAGGAGGCGCAGGACGGGCAGCUGAGGAAGGCUCGCCGCGCUUCCCGGUCGCCGUCUAGGAACAAACAUGGCUGGAGAUGCGAGGAUCGAAACCGCCGCGGACUUGCUAGCUGCAGCCCACGAGCACUUCCAAGGGCUGCAUGAGAGGGCGGAGGAGCUCUACAGCCAAUACAUUCAUCACUGCGCAUGCUCCGACAUGAGCAAACAUCUUUGCCAUGAUCUGGCAACAGCACUUAACAACAGAGGACAAAUUAAAUACUUCAGAGUUGAAUUCUAUGAAGCUAUGGAUGAUUAUACGUCAGCUAUACAAGCACAACCAGAUUUUGAAAUCCCUUAUUAUAACAGAGGAUUAAUAUUAUAUAGGCUAGGAUUCUUUGAUGAGGCCUUGAAGGAUUUCAGGAAGGUGUUAGAGCUAAAUCCCAAAUUUGAAGAUGCUUCUUUGGGUUUAAGGCAGACUCUCCUUGACAAAGAAAACAAGUUAAGAAGAGGUCAUUGAAGUCUAGUGUGUAGAAGAAACAGGCUGUGAGAUUGGAAUAUUUGGUAAAGAUGUAAAUUUCCUGGGGUGAGGGGUAAGGGUGUUAACUUCUCAGUUUUGAAUACCGGUAGAUCAAUUUCCAUGCAAAUCAAUCCUCAAGAUGUCAAACAUUUGGCAUGACUACUUACAGCGCUUGUAUUAAAACUGAUUUUAAUUACAUGAAGAUUUUAUUCUGUAGUUUGGUGCUAUGUAUAUUGGCAAGUUAUAUAAAACAAAUUUCCUUGAUAACCAGCUACUUCCUCAUUAGAAUAUUAUAUUCCAUUAAUAAGCAAUAUCAAAGAUAUGAAUUAGUGCAGAACUUCUACAUACUAACAUUGGUGAUUCCCCAUAAUACCUAAUUUUUGGUAUUAAUACUAACAUUGGUGAUUCCCCCACAAUACAUAAUUUUUGGCUUCAAAAAUAUAUCAUUUUUAUAAGCAAUUAGAUUUGUAUGUAAUAUAUUAAGCUUUGGUUAUUUCUGCUCUCACAGCAUUAUGGACUGUUGUUCUCCCUGUAUUCUCAUUAUUGAAAUUAGGCUGAGAGAUGAUGGAUUAUGUACUAUGUGCACACCCAACUCUAAAUGUGAGAUCUUAUCAUAUUUGGUGUGAUGAAAUAAAUUUAUUUGUGUAAUCUCAAUAGUUCAUUGAAAACUUAAACUUUUUAGAAAGGAAUGUAUUGGUGAAAACCUUGUAGUAGCAGGUUUUAAAUCUCAUAUAUGACCAACUUAAAAAUUUGUAUCUUCUGUUUUUAAUUCAUGAUGCUUUUAUUAUUAGGAAGUUAGCAUGAAACAUAUUUUAACAAUCCCAAGUAAAGCUGGCCAAGGUAAGUAGAACUGCAUGGUUAUACCUGUAGGAAAGAAAAAAAAUAUAUAGUUAGUUCAUUAUAGAUGCCAGUGCUUGUAAGGUAAAUAAAUGGAUGCCCUACACCAGGGGUGUCAAACUCGCAACAUCAUGUGACGUGUCACGAUGUAUCGCAACUUUUUUUCUAUUGCCAGCAAUGGGGUGGGUGUGGUUCCGCCAUGACACAUCCAGCCUGCGGGCCGGCAGUUUGACACCCAUGCCCUACACUUUUGUCCUUGUGCAAGAUCUAUUCUCCCAAACUCACUGAUUAAUGUAUGGCUAUAUAGUUUGCUUAAUCAACAGUUUGCAAUACUUAACUCAGACUUCUGUUUCAAGGUAAGUACUGACAUUCAAAUGUUGCUUGUAAGCCAGUGGCUUAAAAACUUUGCCAGAACUAGCAAUCGUUUUAAAGGAAGCUCUAAGCAAGUGAUCCCCUACCUCCCCAUUUCCUCAGGGGACUUCCUUGGGUAGUAGUAAGAACAGGGGCUCAGAAGUACAAGCCUAAUUGAGAAGUAAUCUGGGGAUAUAAGGAUGGUGCUACCACAUCAAGUAAGAGCUACACAGAAUGCCAAAUCAUUUGCAGGAGUGGUCUUUGAUUAGGUUACUCUCUGAUACUUCAGUUUUCUGAUACUCCAAACUAAAAUAUGGGAUACCAACAGUAUUACAAUUUCAUGCUAUCCUCCUGUGAAGUUUAGUCCUUUGUUUGCUAAGGAUUUAAGUAGAUCUUUAAGUUGUCCUUGAAUGAAUCCUUUGGCUGAAUAUUAUUUUAAUAAAUAGUGGCUUGUUCUUGUAUUAAAAGGGAUUUACUUACA